GGUUGGUGAGGAUCGAUGCUGGAAGGGAGCGAGGCGCGAGCACGGAGCGGGAGCGCGCGCAUAGGAAGGGAAACGGGAGCAAAGCAGGAGCGGAUCAGUCGCCAGCGGAGCCCAGGACGGCGGAUGAACGGAGAAAAACGUGCGUGGUUUUCCCACAGCGGCUUUCCAUCGAGCAGCGCCCUGCAGCCCGAGACCUGUCCGAAAAUGAUGCUCAAAGCGGCCCUCCUCCUCGGGGUGCUCGUCAACAUCAGUCAAGCUGCUCUGCAGGUAUCCAUAUCCUUGAACAAAGUGGAGUUAAGUGUCGGCGAGUCCAAGUUCUUCACCUGCACAGCUAUUGGUGAGCCGGUAGAAAUCGAGUGGUUUAACCCCCUGGGUGAUCGCAUGGUGAGUUCCAAACGCAUGUCGCUGCAGACCGAGGGGUCCCGAUCGCGGCUCGUCAUCUACAACGCCAUCAUCGAGGACGCGGGAAUCUACCGCUGUCAAGCCACCGAUGCCAGCGGUCACACAGAGGAGGCGUCGGUUGUGCUGGAGAUCUACCAGAAGCUGUCGUUCCGGAAUGUUAUAUCGCCUCAGGAGUUCAAACACGGUGAGACGGCGGAGGUGGUGUGCGACGUCAUCAGCUCUCCGGUGCCGAUGGUCGUUUGGUACUACCAGGACAAAGAGAUCACCCAGGAGCACCAAAGCAGGUUCCAGGUUCUGCCAAACAACAACCUGCAGAUCCACCAGGUGAGCAAGGCGGACGAGGGCGUGUACCGCUGCGAGGCCAGCGUGGAGGCCCGAGGCGAGAUCGACUUUGUAGACAUAGCCGUGGUCGUCAACGUCCCUCCAGUGCUGUCGGUGUUCCAGCAGUCCUUCAACGCUACAGCUGACUACCAGGAAUCGGUCACGUUUACGUGCAUCACUUCUGGAUCUCCCGAGCCACUGGUCACCUGGCACAGAAAGGGGCAGCAGCUGGAGCCGUCAGAAAAGUACAUUUUUAGCAAGCUGGAAGGCAGCCGCAGCAUGCUUACCAUCCGCAACAUCCGCCAGUCUGAUGGAGGAACCUUCUCCUGCAAGGCCUCCAACAAGGCGGGCUCUCAGGAAAGAGAGCUCUUCCUCAAGGUGUUCGUCCAGCCCCAUAUCACCCAGCUAAAGAACGUGACAGCCGUGGAGGGCAGCGCUGCCAUGAUCUCCUGCGUCGCUGAGGGCGAGCCUCUGCCUGACAUCUCCUGGAGGAGAGCCAGCGACGGCCAGACCUUCGUGGACGGAGACAAGAGUCGAGAUGGGCGGUUUGAAGUCCGUGGUCGUCAUGGGAAAUCUGUGCUGACAAUCAGCGGCGUAAAGCUCAGUGAUCUUGGACGAUUCGACUGCGAGGCACAAAGCAGGAUAGGAGGCCAUCAGAAGAGCAUGUUUCUCGACAUUGAGUAUAUCCCCAAAUUCCUGACCAACCACACUAUUUAUUACUCAUGGGAAGGGAACCCGGUGAACAUAAGCUGCGAAGUGAUGUCCAACCCACCCGCCACCUUGCUUUGGAGGAGGGAGCGUUUCACCAUAUCAGAGGAAACGCCUCACAUGCAUAUCUACGGCACAGAGGGCAGGAAGUCUGUGCUGGAGGUGACUCCAAUGUCUGACAGAGACUUUGGCCGGUACAACUGCACCGCCCGAAACAACAUUGGAGUUCGGUACCAGGAGUUCAUUCUGGCCCAGGCAGAUGUUCCCUCGAAUCCAUACUCCGUCCGUCUGUCGGCUGUGUCCCAACGCUUGGCGACCGUCACCUUCAUGAAGCCGGACUCUCACGGUGGCGUUCCCAUCAGCUACUACCUGGUCCAGUACAGAGAGCUGGGCUCCAUGGACUGGAGGGAUGUGAAGUCACACAGUGUGCAGACCACCGUGGUGCUGACUGGCUUGGAGCCCAACACGACGUAUGAAGUCCGAGUGGCGGCCGUGAAUGGGAAGGGUCAGGGGGAGUUCAGCCACACAGAGACCUUCCAGACCCUACCCAUCCGAGAACCGAGUCCACCUGCGGUCCACGGGCAGAGAGGUGUUGGGAAAGCCUACAGGCUGGGGCUGGUCAAGCAGGACGAUGGGGGGAUGCCCAUUGUGGAAUAUAUCGUCAAGUACAAAACAGACAAAGAGGAACAGUGGAUGACCAAACUGGUUCCAGGAGCAAACGACUUUGCGAUGCUGCAGCCGCUGCAGUGGAACACGAGAUAUGAGGUGGAAAUCACAGCCCGCAAUGUGAAGGGCCUAUCGGAACCCACCUUCUAUCAGUUCUUCAUGCCACAGAAGCCUGACAUUACAGCAGAAUCCCUGUUCAGCGGCAUGGGGCUUGGAGCAGUGGUGGGCCUCGGCCUGGGAGCGCUUCUCCUCCUCCUGGUGCUGGUGGAUGUCAGCUGCUUCUUCCUGCGUCACUGCGGCCUGCUCAUGUGCAUCACGCGCACGCUCUGCAGCAAGAAAACGGCCACCAGUGGCAAGGGCAAAGAAAUGGAGGAGGGCAAGGCAGCUUACCUGUACACCUACAACAGCCGCCCAACCACCCUAUCAACCACAGAAGCUGCCGCUGAAGGAAGAAAAUGGCAAAGAGUCUCUCAAGCCGGAUACGAUUGAAAUCAAAGUGCACAGUGACAACAGCAUCCACAUAAAGCCAGACGACAGCAAAGCAUAAAAUGUUCAAAUAAGAAAAUUAAUCAAAAAAAGAGUAAAAGAUGUAAAGGUAAAGAAAAAGGGGGGUCGGGCCCUCUUUGCCACCAAAAGAACAUUCGGAUCACGAGACCAACCCCCCCUCCCCACCUCCCUGGAAAAGCGAAAACACUGGAAAAUAGUAGAGUACAAUACUAUAUCUGUUUAUAUUGAUGCCCAAAUGAAAGGCAUGUGUAAAUAAAAUGAAAAGAGAGGAAACGGGAAGGAAGAAAGGAUCGACUUUUAAUGACGUCCAGAAUGCUUUAUGUUCCCCCACACACAAGGAUUAAGUAGGAGGCUCUCGUUGCUAAAUGAUUGUACUUUAUUUUCUGCCUUCUUCUGUCUCGCUUUAUCAGAUCUUUAAUGUAUUUCUUCAGAAUAUACUUUAUAUUGUGUUUUAUUAAAGCCCACAUGAGAUUUAGGAUGGUUAAACAGUGUUAUAGCCUCCAUAUCAUUUGGUUUUAAUGGGUUGAACAAUCCUAAUUAGAGAGAAUAAAGGUGCAGAUGUAGAGUCUCCAUGCUUUGGAUGUUGUCGCCGCAGUGACCGCUUUAUGCCUUUAAUGUCUGAGCUGGAUUUAAAGCUUUGAAAAACGUAAAAAAAAAAAAAUGUUUUAUUUCAUCCGCAUAGAGGGGAAAAAGCUGUGGAUACUAUCAGCCAAAGCAUGGAAACAUGUGAAAGACACUUGUUUUUUUGUUUUCUUUUGCAGUCCUGUCUCAAAUCGGCCUGACAUGCUUUUAUUUUGAAAAAGGAAAGAAAAAAAAGACGUUUUCUGUUUCUGACUCUCUCUGAUGUCGUUAUGUGUUGUACAUAGGUGAAAAAAACAGAUAUUUUACAGAGCUUUUAUGUAAAUAUAUUAAACAAAAGAAAAUGUUUUUUUUCUCUCCACAAUGCAAAAGGCUUGGCUUUUGUUAACACCUCCCAGAUGAGCAAUGGUUUUAUUUCCUUCCUCUCCUCUCCUCCUUUCCGUUGUGUUCAGGUCUGAAGUUCAGUGGUGGUGUAAUAUUAUUGCUUUUCCCUAUCAUUUGCUCUCCCUUAAGGAAAACCCUCCACACUCUGAGGCUAUUUCACGGCAUCUCAGCUGAGGCAGUAAUUACGGCAUUAAUGUGCCUUUUUUUUUUCUCUCGUUUUAUUCAUUUUUUGUUCCCUCUCUACGGUGCAAUGCUUUUGUUUAGCUCACUCCAUGAAAUCAACUCUGCAUUGCGUCGUUGCUGUUUUUUUCUUGCACCUGAGAAUGUGUCGACUUUUUAUUGUGAUGCUGUGAAUCCGGGGAAGCGUGGCGUAGUCGUCUAGGACUGUGGAUUGUAUUCGUAGCACUGUGGAUCGUCGUCGGCCACACUGGACCCAUCCAGAUGUGUACAGAAAGAUGUUGAAUGGAGACUGAUACUCAGAACUAACUAGCAGGGUUUUCUACACAUUCUGGGAGAAGGAUGGAACUGGGUUUUAGUAUUUUCCAAUUCUGUAAGGGUGGACUAAAUUUCCUUUUGCGAAGUCUAAAAACUUAUUUUCUUUUUUCCUUGUGUCCUUCUUUGCUUCUAUUCUUCCUUCUUUCUUUCAGGUCUUUCUUGAUUUGUUUUCCAUAUUAUUUAUUGUCAACAUUUGUUUUUCACUCUUUCCUUACUCAUGUCCUGUCUUUCUACCAUUCAUCAUUUCCACCUCCUUGUCACUUUCCUUCCUUUCGUAAUUGUGUCUUAUCCCAUCUUUCAGCCAAUUUUUAUCUCUUAUUUUUGUUCAACUUUUCUUCCUUUCCUUCUUGGCUCCUACCUCCUUUCCUUUAUUUGCUCCUUCCUUUUCCUUACCUGUGUCCUUCCAUCCCUCCAUCCUUCCUCUUCCCUCUAUUUCUUCUUAUUUAUCAAUCAUUAUCUAUGUCUUUGUGUCCUUAUCUUCUAUUGUCGUACUGUAACUUCCAACCUUACUUGUCUCCAACACAUUUCUUUCUCUGUCUGCAAUUAUCCUUACCUUUUUAAAAAAAAACGUAUUUCCUUCCUUGUUUUUACAUCCUACCCUCUGUUUUCUUUCUCUGUGGCUUAUUUGUUCUUCCUUGCUUCUUCCAUCCUUCAUCCCUCCCUCCUUGUAUCCUACCAUUCUUCCCUCUGUCCUUCCUUACUCUUCUUACCUUCAUUCCUUCCUUCCCGUGUCUUCUGUCGGUCCAGUCAUGUAGAUUUAUACUCCAUAGAUUCCUGGUGAUAUUGGCUACUCUUUCUAAGCAGUUGUUAACAGACAAGGAAAUGGGAGUGGAAAAUCCUGGAACAUAUACUUGUUUUUAAAAAGUGUAGGAACCCAAAUGUUACUGUAUAGGCUUCAUAACUUUGGUUCUGAUGGUGUGUAAAGCAUCAUCACGCCAGUGUGUGUGAGUAAACACACUUCAGGUUGCAUGUGUGUCUGUUGAAUGUAUCUGCACAUCAUCGUACUGUAAAUUCACGAAUGUGUAUUUGUUUUGGUUUUUCAUUUUAAAGUUUUCUCCCAUUGGAACCAAAUCUAGAUCCCUGGGUUCUGUUUUGUUGUGCUUGGCCUUGGUUUGUGUGCUGCAGGCCUCACGCAGCUCUGCAGGUCAUACUGGUGAUGACUGCAUACCAGAUAUGAAUGCUGCAAGCUAUCCCCUUCUUUUUUUUUGUUUGUUUUUUCUCACUGUGGGGUUUGAGACUGCGCUCCGAUGCGUAGAACAUGAUUAUGUAGUUCUCGACAGUGAUUAAUCCCCACCCCUCUUCCCCGCGGCUGCAGCAUGUGUCUAAGCCACACCGCCACCUCCGCCGCUCCCUGCCUCUCAGACUCUGCUGGCUUUAUCUCAAACACUGAAAAGGCGGCAGCUUUGUUUAUUUUAUUUUUAUUCUUUUUCUCAGUGCAAAAACAUGUACCUGCAUAUCUAAGGUGGAUGGUUUCUGCCAUGGAGCGGUUCUGCUGCCUGUUAAUGAUCACUGUAAAUACUGGAGCACAGUGCCUGGAGGCUAUACAGUUUGUACAUGUUCUUUUUGUAUUUGAAUAUGAGUCUAAACCCACUCUCUCCUUGUUUCCUCCACCAAACCUCAGUCCUUUUUUGUUUCUGAUUGAGGUUAAGACAGAUGUGUUUGAGCUCAGUGUUCAUUAUGUGUCCUCUUGGUCCCCUCCCCCCUUGUCCCCUGGACUGUCCCUGCUGAGUGUCAAUUGUGCAGGAGGUGGGAACUAUCGAUGUUUCUCUGUAUGUACCUGUGGAACACUUGUGACGCGUAUCAUUUUGCCGCUGUAAAUAAACAUGUCCUGGUAGACGAGAGUG